AUGUCUGGUGGAACUCCGGUUGGUGGUGGUGGGUACAUAAGGCAAAGACAUAGCCAAGGAUAUGCAUCUGGUGGUGAUGACAUUGAGGACGAUGCUUGCUCUAGGCUACAACCUUUCGCCUUAGAGAGUCCUCGGAGUAAAACGUGGGUCGAGAUUCUGGAGAAUGUUCUUUGGAUUGCAUCUGCAGUUUUCAUUAUCUACUUUGGAGAUAGGCAUUCUAAUAUGAUAUACAUUCUCCUGCACGAUGCUCGGAUCAAGAGGAUGCCUUUAUAUUUCGGGAUGUUUGGAAUAGCUGUGAACAUAAUAAUCAUAAUCUACGAAAGUAUGAUAUCAUGGAGCUUGAGAAGGUUUGAUGAGAAAUGGGAACUGUGGAGUAUCUCUGCUCUGCCUUUCAUCACCUUACUUGGCCUCGUUUCAUUUUGCUUACUCUCCUUUGCUCUGUGGCCUAUAUGGGGCUUCUUGACUCUCCCUCUUCUGUUCACAUUGUUCAUGGCCUGCCUUGUUGUGUUCCCACAUCUCAUGAUCAUCAAAUUCAGGCCUCAAAACGACGAACUACGCAUAGAUUGA